UAGAAGCCCAUGGUGCUCGAGGAACAUCUGACGUCACGCGCUCCUCAGCUUCUCCCGCAAUGCUUUGCGACAGCGAGCGCACUCCAUGGGCGAUCGUGUAGGGCGGGCUGCCCAGCGGGCUCGUAAUCGUCAAAUAUAUGCCCAUCCGUACACCGUAUUCACAAAAUACAGGUGACACCAUCAUUCUACGUAAAAUUUACACCUUGUUCGAACCUUUAAUAGACGAUUUCAGAAAUUGCACGGACGGCCCACCAGAGUGCGCCGUGUUGCGAAAGCCCCGCUGCACCUUGGGAUUUAGUUUUCAGGAGUCAGAGAGAAGAAGAAGAGCGCAAACGGUUUCGGUUUUCUCUCUCCUGCACCUCCCGCACCUUCGAGCAACAGGCAGACGAGCACGAAUGUAAACCAUUUCCCACGACGCAUUCCGCGUUGCGCGUGACUUGCCGACGGAGGGCCCCCGUGCGGAGCACAAGGGCAUUAUCUGAAAUCGCCUAAAAAAAAAAAAAAGAAAGUAGGACCGAAGGUCGCGUCCCUUUCAGAGACCAUCGUAAUCUGAGAGACCCUGGCUUUCAGGCGCGAGCUUGUUCGCCACUAGCUCUGAACGUAGUUCAACUCUACCAAACUCGUGGCGCUGUCGAACAUUAUGACGUCAUUUGUUUACAAACAGGUAGAGGUUUAUUGACAAAUUUUGCUCCCGUAUUCCUUUACAUAUGGUGUGCCGUGUCUUGGGGUUUCAGCGCAUACGUUAAAGAACCCCCAGGCGGUGCGUCGCUUAUGGUCACAGUUGUCUCGCGACGUAAAGCCACGAAUUAUCAAUUUGCAUCAAUCAAUCUAUCAAUUUUUAAGUGCAUCUGCCAAUCAUCGAUUAUUUUUGAAGCGACCUGGAUGCCCGUUUUCGGAAAAAUCUUUCAGGUGCACACAAUGAUAUCGGCCGAUGUCGUACGGAACUCAUUGAAAUCAUCGUAAUCAGUGAUAUUUAUCUCGUAUGUCGUCACAACCCCUCACGUCAUGCAGUAUAUAUGCUGAGUAUACAGCGGAUAACAUUGUUGGGUAGCUAUACCGUCAUUUGCGAUAAUUAUUUCACGUGUUUAUGCAACGCUCGAAUGUCACUAUGUGCCGCCACUCUGCACUUUCAAUUGUUAUCAGUCGGACCAGUGCAGGCACACUCUCAUACAGAUGGUGUCAAGGUGCUCGUGAACAGCUCCGUUGCUUGCAUAUCCUGUAUUUACCGUUUAGGGCAAUGUGUAUCAGGACAGCGACUAUCUGUAAAUGGUAAGCUGACUACAGUGCAUCAAUCUCAGGGCUCGCUCCUCAUCAGCGAGGGCAGCGACUGGUGAAGCACACAACACAAUGCUGAGUCAUGUCCCGUUUCUAAUCUCCAGGGGCAGCGCUGAAGGACACAUAAGUUUUCAUGCUGUCUAACCCGAGAAGAAAUCUCAAGCGUUUCAGACCCAAACAUCUUCAGAGACAACGCUCCAUCUUUUAACUUCCGUCGAAACCUACAAGUUGGGUGCGGACAGUACACGAUGGACCAUCUACCUCAGCGACCCACAAGUACAGCAGCAUUGAUCAGUUCGCAAGCACCAGGACAAGACUAUGACUAUGACCACAAUCGACAGGUGGACGAUGGUGAACACUUCCCUACAGGACAGUCUAGGAUUGAGCAAACGAGUCCGCCCCGCAUCGACUGUCAAAAUGACGCGGUACAGAUUUCAGGGAGUAACUUCAGCACGAAGGCGAAUCUCCUAAAGUCAUUUCUUGCCCUGUGCCGUCGUAACGUGUGGAUUCUUCCAGCGUUGCACACUCACUUCUGGUUUUCUGCUGGCACCGCUCUUCUGCAGCCUUAUUUUCCACCACUGGCAGCUUCGAAGGGUAUCAGCGCUUGGGAGUACGGUUUUGCCUUCUCUGCUUUCAAGAUAGCGAUGCUCCUGGGUUCUAUCGCCACUGAACGACUAAUCGUCUUCGUCUCACCCUCCGUUGUAUACGUCAGCGGCCAAGUGGGGUUCUUCCUCUUCGUGGUCAUGUUUGGGGCCCUGUACUGGUCACCCAAGGGAGAUGUCUUCUUGGGGCUAUCAAUUCCGGGUGCCUUCUUCGGAGGCUUUGUGUCCUGCGUGUACGUAGUGAGCAUGUACUCGAUGCUCACGGAAAAGUUCUCAGGCAACACAGGUAUCAUCAUUGCUGUCAUGGAACUGCUGUGGGGCGUUGGAAACAUGGCUGGAUCUAUUCUUGGAGGCGCACUCAUCGAUCUGUGGAAGUACCCUCUGCCAUUUUUUGUCAUCCCAACUAUCAUGAUGCUCUCCGCUCCAAUCAUUGCUAUACGAGGCAUGGUUCCAAAGGAACACAGACGGGAAGUCACAGAGGACAGUACUACGGAGGACGUGAAGUACUACAAGGCCUUAUGCGAUCCAGUCUUCCUAAUAGACAUGGUCACGGUGAUGCUCAGUUGGGUGAUCAUGUCCUUCAACGAACCCACCUUGGAGCCCUACCUUGCACAGUUCCACCUGUCCAGUACCCAAGUAGGCACAAUCUUCAUGGUGCAAUUUGCUGGCUACUGUAUUGGAGCUCUCCCCACGGGGAUACUCUGCAGCUAUUUUGACGUUGACGAGCUCUUCAUCUUUGUGGCGCAAUUUCUUACGGCUUUCGCCUACCUCAUCCUUGGGCCUGCACCCUUCCUUCCAGGACCUCCGACUUUGUGGAUGAUCUACCUCUCGCAGUUCUUCACGGGUAUAGGAAUGGCAGCGCAGUUCGUCUGUUCCUUCAGUCAUGCGCUGAAGAGAUUGAAGAUGAAAGGUUACCCUGAUUCGAUCCGAACCAGCGGCUUUGUGUCUAGUUGCGUUUACACCAGUCUCGUGUUCGGGGCUGUAACCACACCACCUCUGGCAGGUUAUCUGGUCGAAAAGUUAGGCUACAGACUGGGUACAAUGCCUCUGUUUGGAAUUUUAGUGUUGUGGACCUGCGUGACGUUUUUGGUGUGGAUGACCUCUCUGUUCUGCAACUACAGACCAGAACCAAGAAAUCCUACUUUGAAUCCUACACUCUCAUCGGUAAACUCGAGCACCGUAAUUUCUUACAGCAGCCCGGGCAACGAGAUCUCAUAAACUAGUGUGCAGGGUUAUGGAGUUGGAUUGUCAUGUUCUCCACUUCUAUUGCUACAUUUCCUCAGAAGACGACGACGAAGAGGGAUCUGUGACUAUAGUAACCAUACAAUAUCAUACUAUACCUUACUAUAGUUCACCAUACUGUGACGGGCGGCUCAUGCACGUCUUGUACUUCAGAUAAUGUGCUUUGGAAGGUUAAAGGACCAGUAAAGCUUUUAAAGAGUUUUA